AAAUGUAAGCCGGGUUACUUCGAUCUCUCUGUCGAUAAUCAGUUUGGCUGCACUCCGUGCUUUUGUUACGGACAUUCUUCCAUUUGUGCCACAGCUCCUGGAUAUUAUGCGAUGAACAUCUCUUCAGAGUUUGAUUCAGACAAGGAGAAAUGGUCAGCGCAAUCCCAUCACGGACUUUUGGAUGCACAAUGGGCUGAAUUAGACCAUGCCGUAGCAUUUCCAAAAAAAACCUUUUGCAGAGAUAUUGUCAUCGUUGGUGGAGAUGGCCAAGAACUGUCGCUCCCUAUUUUCGCUCAGGAUAAUCCAACUCCUGGACCCGAGAACCAGAUUAGAGGAACUUACUCUCACCAAGAUGUUGGAUUUCUGUCAAACGUCCAUCUCGGAACUGCUGGUCUGGCUCCAUCGUCUGACCCGCGGCCUGCCAAUUGGGUUGAACACUGCGAUUGCCUUAAUGGGUAG